UGUGCUGCGGCCGUUCCCAGAAGUGACGCAGCCGCCGGCGCUGUGCCGGUGCCCGCGUCCCGCGCGGUCGCGACAGCGCGGGGACAUGUCGCGACAUGCAGGCCCUGCCGGGAACGCCGAGACACCGCUGGUGCCGCCAGGGCGGCGUUCGGGAGCGCGGUGUCCCGAGGCAGCGGCGUGCGCGGCCGCUGUGUUCUUCCGCGCGUCUCGCCAUGUGGGAAUGUUUCCUCGUUUAUUAUGAAUUUAUUACGUACAACGGUUAAAAGUGCUGGAGCUAGUUCAUUUUUAUUUUGUUUUUCCUUAAUAAAUGCAGCUGCAGGUAACUUUCCGCUGGACGUUUCCAGUCUGGAAAGGCUCAGCCCACCUUUUGCCAUUGCUAACCCACAAUCGCUUUAUUUCCUUAAAAUCUAUGGAUCUUUUUCCCUAUGUGCCAUAUUCCGAGCGCCAAAACCUCUAAGACAGGGCUUGAAUCCAGGACCCGAGCCGCGGUUAACCACCUAGGCGCUAUUUCUGUACUUUCAUAUCUACUCCGUGCCACGUCUCCGCCCAUGGCAGGGGUUGGACUGGAUUGACCCUGGAAGAGCCUUCCCAGCCGCAACUCCUGCGGCGAUUCUGCGGUUACCCAGCGCCAUUCCCGCUCCCUCCGUUAUUCUGCACUGGUUAGCUGUGCCCGUUCCCGGUUCCCAUUCCCGGUUCCCGGUCCCGGGGCGUGUCCCGGGGACUCUUUUUUCCCGCCGCCCCCCGCGCGCGCGCGCGGCGCUGGCGCGUGCGUCAGGCGCGGGGCCGCGCAGUCGGCGCGCGGCCGCUGCCGGGAGCGGAGCCGGAGCCGGAGCCGGAGCCAGCCGUCCGCUCCGCCGCCAUGGCCGCCGCGCACCCGGGCCCCGCCGCGCCCGCCGCCCCCGCCCCGCCGCCUCCUCCUCCCGCCGCUCCGGGCAUCCUCAUCGGCGACCGGCUCUACUCCGAGGUGUCGCUGACCAUCGACCACUCGCUGAUCCCCGAGGAGCGGCUCUCGCCCACCCCCUCCAUGCAGGACGGGCUGGACCUGCAGUGCGAGACCGACCUGCGCAUCCUGGGCUGCGAGCUCAUCCAGGCGGCCGGCAUCUUGCUGCGGCUGCCGCAGGUGGCCAUGGCGACGGGGCAGGUGCUGUUCCAUCGGUUCUUCUACUCCAAGUCCUUCGUCAAGCACAGCUUCGAGAUUGUUGCUAUGGCCUGCAUCAAUCUCGCGUCCAAAAUCGAAGAGGCGCCUCGUCGGAUAAGGGACGUGAUCAACGUGUUCCACCACUUGCGGCAGUUAAGAGCAAAAAGGACUCCAAGCCCCCUGAUACUUGAUCAGAACUACAUAAACACCAAAAAUCAAGUAAUCAAAGCAGAAAGGAGGGUACUGAAGGAGUUGGGAUUUUGUGUUCAUGUCAAGCAUCCUCAUAAGAUCAUUGUUAUGUAUUUACAAGUCCUAGAAUGUGAACGUAAUCAAACCCUGGUACAGACAGCCUGGAAUUACAUGAACGACAGCCUCCGGACGAACGUGUUUGUUCGCUUCCAGCCGGAGACCAUCGCGUGUGCGUGCAUUUACCUCGCUGCUAGAGCCCUGCAGAUCCCGCUGCCUACCCGUCCCCACUGGUUCCUCCUCUUUGGCACCACGGAAGAGGAGAUUCAGGAGAUCUGCUUAACAACUCUAAAGCUUUAUACCAGAAAGAAGCCCAAUUAUGAAUUUCUGGAUAAAGAAGUAGAAAAGAGGAAAAUGGCGCUACAGGAGGCAAAACUGAAAGCAAAAGGUUUAAAUCCAGAUGGAACUCCAGCACUCUCAACACUGGGUGGCUUUUCUCCUGCAUCCAAACCAUCUUCCCCAAGAGAAGUAAAAGCCGAGGAGAAAUCUCCGGUGUCUGUGAAUACCAAAACCAUUAAAAAAGAGCCAGAAGAGAGGCAGCAAACCUCCAAGAGCCCUUACAACGGGCUGAGGAAGGAGAGCAAGAGGAGCCGCAGCAGCCGAAGCGCCAGCCGCUCGCGCUCCCGGACAAAGUCCCGCUCGCGCUCCCACAGCCCCCGCAGGCACUACAACAACCGGCGGAGCCUCUCGGGCACCUACAGCUCCCGCUCGCGCAGCCGCUCGCGCAGCCACAGCGGCAGCCCCCGGCGGCACCACAACCACGGCUCGCCCCACGCCAAGGCCAAGCACGGCCGCGAGGAGCUCAAGGGCAGCAGCAGGCACGGCCACAAGCGGAAAAAGUCCCGCUCCCGCUCGCAGAGCAAGUCCCGGGAGCACUCGGAGGCGGCCAAGAAGCACCGGCACGAGCGCAGCCACCACCGGGAGCGGCGCGAGCGCUCGCGCUCCUUCGAGCGCUCCCACAAGGGCGGCAAGCACCACGGCAGCAGCCGCUCGGGCCACGGCCGGCACCGCCGCUGAGCCCUGGGGCUGCGGGGCCGGGCCAGCUCCGGAACCGGCACCGAGCCCGUGGACUGCGGGGCUGGGCCAGCUCCGGCACCGCCGCUGAGCCCUGGGGCUGCGGGGCCGGGCCAGCUCCGGAACCGGGGCCGUGGACUGCGGGGCUGGGCCAGCUCCGGAACCGGCACCGAGCCCGUGGACUGUGGUUCUGGGCCAGCUCUGGCACCAAGCCCACAGACUGUGGUUCUGUGCCAGCUCCAGCACCGAGCCCUGGGACUGCAGGGCACUGCCAGGGCUGCAGCAGCUUCAACCCCAUCUGGUUUCCUAAAAGGUGUAGAAGAAUUUUUUUCUUGUGGGAAAGAAACUGUUACCAACUUUUGCACAUAAUACCUUAGCAGUAUCCCAGAGGUGGCAAACGAUCAGGUUCACUGUAUGUAUUAGAGUUGUGUAUUGUUUAUUGAGCUGAGAACUGGAGAAAGGAUUUCUGUAAAAAAGCAAAACGUACAUUAUUUUUAUACCAGUCAAUUGCAGACGCUUAUAUUUAAGUAUAGUUAUUUGUUUAAACAUGGUGGAGACUUUCUUACACUGGUUUUAGUCUGCAUGUGUUCAAAGAUUUUUACUGAAAAAAUAAAAUAUAAAGCUUUUUUUUUUUUUU